GGCCUGGCCACAUCACACCUCGUUGCUCUGCCAUGUCACGCCCCUCUUCCAGCGCCGCGCGCGCCGCCUCGCCCGCGCCCUCGCCGCUGCAGCUCUACACGACGCUCGCCGCCUACGCCGACGCCCUCGAUGCCCUGCCGCUCGACCUGACGCGCUCCUUCAGCGACCUGCGCGAGCUCGACGCCGUGCUCGGCUCGCAUCUGGCGGGCUUGACGGCGCGCCUGGCGCAGCUCAGCGCCGCCGUGCGCGACGCGCGCGUCGAGCCCGGCGAGCGCCUGCUGGCGCUCAAGGAGUGCGCCGAGGAGGCGCGCGCGUACAAGAUGGGCGGCGAGGACAAGAUCCGCGUCGCCGUCAACACGGCCGAGACGAUCAUCUCGCACUCCAACUACAUCACCUCGCUCCUCUCCACGCUGCAGGCGCAGCCGACGCUGGCCCCCUUCCUCGCCGCGCCGCCGUCGCACAUCGCUGGCCACCUCUCCGACGGCACGCCCAUCGGCCUCGCGCCGCCCACGCCCGCCGCCAAGCCCAAGAAGGGCCAGCCGCCGCGGCUGGCGGCACGUCCCACGUCGUCGGCCGGCGGCGCGGCAGGCAGCACCAGCGCCUCGGCCAGCAGCUCUGCCGCGCUGCCGCCCGCCGCGACGCCGCCGAACAAGGCCGCGCCGACGCCCAAGAAGCGCAAGGCCGACGCCGAGCCCGCCGCCGCGUCCAGCAGCGCCUCGCGGCCGCCCAAGAAGAAGGCCGCGCCCGCGGCGACGGCGCAAUCGAGUGCCAAGGCGGUGCGCGGCACGCCGCUGCCCGAGGAGCCGCGCCGCCCGCCGCCGCUUGGCCCGCCGCCCGGAUUUGAGCCGGUGUAUGCGACGCCGGCGAUGGGCCCGCAGCGUGCGCGCCGCCCGCGCGUCACCAACGAAGACAUGGACGAGUCCGAGGGCGAGGGCGAGAAGCGCUACUGCUGGUGCGACAAUGUCAGCUACGGCGACAUGAUCGGCUGCGACGGCGACGACUGCGAGCGCGAGUGGUUCCAUCUCGGGUGCGUCGGCAUGCUCAAGCCGCCACAGGGCACCUGGUAUUGCGCCGACUGUGUCUCGAAGCGCGCGGCACGCGGCAAGUCGAAGAAGGCGGCGCCUGGUAAGGCCAAGGGCACAGCACCAGCGAGGGCCGUUGCUGGCGGUCGCAAGUGAUCUCGUCGAUGCAGCUCUCUGCUCUCUCCACGGCCCCUUUUCCAGCGCGUGUCCCUCUAAUGAACAGCUCACACAAGU